GAAUUAUUAUUGGGUGCCUUUUUUUUUAAAACAUUCUACUCGUUCCUUUACCUAGGGCCAUGCUGUAAUCGCGUCUGCCAGAUCACUGUCGCGCCGCCGCCGCCGACGACGACGAUAGGAUACUGUAUCGAGGAAGUUUGCGCCCACAGCCCAGAUCUACUAUUUUUGGAGAGAACAAUUGUCUCAUUGUUUUCUUGCUUCAUCAUUUGAAAAGGGAUAAUAGAUUGGCAAAUCAUAUCAUGGCAUUGCAAAGGACCAUCAGAAAACUAAUCAACAGUCAAAAUUACCUCCUUCCUCGAGGGGCUGCAUUUCUCCAUUCACAUGCAACCAGCUUUGGAUUUACAGAAGUCAACGAAGAAGAAAAAAGAAAAUUGGUUGGCAAUGUCUUUAGUAGUGUGGCUUCUAAUUAUGAUCUGAUGAAUGAUUUGAUGAGUGUGGGAUUGCACAGAUUGUGGAAAGAUAAAUUGAUUUCAAAGUUGGGUCCUUUUCCUGGGAUGAAGCAUCUUGAUGUAGCUGGUGGCACAGGGGAUAUAGCUUUCCGCGUGUUGGAAAGCAUUAGAGGUGUCAGUCAUAAAGCCAUGCAUGACAGUUUUGCUGAAACAGAAGGGCAAACACAAAUCUUUAUAUGUGACAUUAACCCAAAUAUGUUGAAUAUUGGCAAGAAGCGUGCUACUGAGAGAGGAUAUACAAAAAACAGCUAUCUGCAUUGGGUGGAAGGAGACGCAGAAGCAUUGAGUUUUGAGGAUGGGUCAAUGGAUGGUUACACAAUCGGGUUUGGUAUUAGAAAUGUAACACACAUUGAGAAAGCUCUGGCAGAAGCCUAUAGGGUACUGAAACAAGGAGGCAGGUUCUUAUGCCUGGAAUUAAGCCAUGUUGAGUUGCCCAUCUUCAAAGAGCUAUAUGACUAUUAUUCUUUUUCGAUAAUUCCCACUAUGGGAGAACUUGUAGCUGGUGACAAAGAGUCUUACCAGUACCUAGUUGAGAGCAUCCGACAGUUUCCGAAACAGGAUGUAUUUGCUCAGAUGAUCGUCGAUGCCGGCUUCCAGGCAGUGGAGUAUGAGAAUCUAGUUGGUGGUGUGGUGGCCAUUCACUCUGGUUUGAAGUUGUAAACCACAGAGCGGACAACAAUUAGCGCUUGUUAAGACCAACAUUUUAGUAAGAUUUACUGAACCAGUUAAAAACAAGUAAACCAGCAAAUAAUAACAUGUUCUUCAAUAUUUGCUUUGUUAAAAACAUUCUUCUACUUGGAUUGAACUUGCUAGUUAUUUUUCUCGACUAAUCUUUCAGAAUUUUGUCUGGCAUCAAUCAAAUUGUGACAUUCCUAUGAGAAGACAAUUUUUUUUUAUAUAAUGUUUUGGUGUUAUAUGAUA